AUGGCCGACGCCGUGUUCCCCACACAGGCUACUGCCCAAACUCGCUACAUCAGCUUGUUCGGUACCAGAACUCGAUUUGUGAUUAUGGUGUUGAUCUUAUUAUGUUUGACGAGUAUUUGGUCCAAUAUCCUUGCCUUCAAUUUUGCUGUUAUCUGUAUGGAUGACGAUGAUUCUGAUAUGGAUACGGCACUGAAUGGAACAAGAAAGACUCACUUCACAAGUACGCAAAAUUCGCUGGCCAUGUCGAUUGUGGCGAUUGCCGCGUUGCUGGGCAACUUUCCGAUUGUACAACUCGUCGGAAUGGUCGGCAUUCGGACAGUGUUCGCAGGGUUGGGAAUCCUCUCCGCCGUCUCGACUCUUCUGAUUCCAUUGUCAAUUCGGAUGGGUUUCUACUACUUCUUGGCAGUCCGUUUUCUCCAAGGAUUCGCUUUCGCCGCUAACUUCCCAGUCAUUGGAUCGUUCUGUGCCAAAUGGUCAUAUUUCAAGCAAAACGGACUUUUCGUAUCUUCAUUGGUCGCCUACGUCCAAUUGUCUCCAGCUAUCACAAUGCCAGCAUCCGGUGCCCUUUGCUCUGCUUUCAGAUGGCCAUCAAUCUUCUAUGCCCACGGAGCUGUAUCUCUUCUUCUCUUCGUCACAUACGCCCUGUUCUACCGUAACUCUCCACAAAAACAUCCAUUCGUCGGAAAUGUUGAGUUGAAGAAAAUCUCAAUUGGAAAGAUCGCAGCUGUCGACAAGCGUGCUCUGAAGAAGGUCCCAUACGGAGCCAUCCUCAAAACCCCAGCCAUCUGGGCUGUCUGGGUCGCUGCCAUUGGAAACUUCACUUGUGUCAACAUGAUGUUCCUUUUCUCCCCAGUUUACCUCUCCAAAGUUCUCGGAUUCCCAGUUCAUAGUACCGGAAUCAGUGCUGCUAUCCCACCAUUCCUCCAAUUCCUCUCCAAAUUGAUCUGCGGAGCCAUCUCGGAUCGGUUGACCUGCCUCCCAGAACAAAUGAAAUUCAGAAUGUUCAAUUCGUUUGCUUUCAUUGGAUCCGGUGCCUUCCUCUGUGUUCUGGCAUUCAUGGGAGAUUCCCACAAAGAUUACAACAUGAUUGUUUUGGGAUGUGCUGCUGCUAUGUUGGGAGCUACGACCGGAGGAUUCUUCAAAGCAGGACCAGUUCUUUCAAAGCAAUACAGUCAUUUUGUAACCGGAAACAUUUCACUUGGAAUCACAAUUACCAUGUUGAUUGUUCCGUUCUUCGUGAAUGCAUUGACUCAUAACAACACACAAGAAGAGUGGAAAUGGGUCUUCUUGAUCACAGCUGCCGUUAUGUUCAUCUGCAACGUCUUUUUUGUUAUCUUUGUGAAAGGAGAACCAUGCAAAUGGACUUCCGACAACUUCCACCGUGCCAGCUCUGUCGCUGAUUUGGAAAGAAAUAGUGUCAGAAACCCAACAAUCUCUACAGUAUCCCGCAACGUGGAAGAUGUUCCAGAGAAGCUCUAA